AUGGCAGCGGACCCAAACUGGGCCGUCUUGCCAAGCGUUACUCUUGUGGAUGUAUUUUCGUAUCUUUCGCAUGAUGAUAAACUCAGAGCAUCUUCUGUAUGCAAGAGAUGGAGAAGCUGUCUCUUUCACCCAAACUUAUGGCAGAAGAUAUAUUUCCAACUUCACAGUUCGAAGCGAAUGAAGACGAAGUUUUUGGCUGACAGAUGUGGACAUUUUGUACGGGAAAUCAUGAUCAAGUUUUGCUCUCAUAACAUUACUGAUGUUCGAGAAUGUGGCAGGAUUUUAGACAUUAUGAAAAGCAACAAAAACCUUCAACGAUUUUGUUUGCAGCCUUCCAGCUGUCAUAUAGAAUGGCCUGAUAACAAUACUGUUUAUUUAUUUGACAGGUACCUCGAUAGUGUGGAAAGCAUUAUCAGAAACAGUCGUGAGCUUCGGCACUUCUCUUUAGGAUGUCUUGAGGAGUUACUAGAACAUUCCAGCACUCUUCUGUCUCUCCUGGGGCGCCAUUCCCGCAGUCUCCAGUGUCUCCAUCUGGCGAGUGUGAAGGAGGACUCUGAGAGGUACAGGAUCGUUGAGCUUGACCCCAAGCUUUUCCAUCCAUUUACCUCCCUCAGACAGCUCAGUAUUGAUUAUGACCAUCUGACAAAUCAACUUCUUGAAAGCUUUGCUCAUCACAAUAAGACCAAACUGGAGAAGUUGAUCAUCCAUGUUCAUGGUGUUGAAGCAGACCAUGAACGCAUCACCAACUCCUCAUGGCACUGCAUCCGCAGUCAUAGUCCUCACCUUCAGGUAACCUUGAAUCUGAUUCACUCAUUUGAUGGUGUGGAGGCACUCCUAGACAUCCUCCAGCCCAGCUUGCCACUUACGCAUUUCCGACAAUUUUUCUGCACCCACCUCAACACAACAGCCAUUGGUUACUUUGCAACCCAUUACAGGACAACAUUGCGGUCCAUCCAUAUCAUUGACGGCCUGAUGGAUGGCUAUCCGGUACCCUACACUAGUGCUGCUGAAGAGGAUGUUUUCGUUAUGCUGGCCUGGAGGUGUAGCCUUCUCACAGAUUUCACGCUGAUUGGCUAUGAGAUAGCAGAUGAAGAUGUUAUUGCCAUUUCUCGCCUUCGAGGAACAGGGAUAAAGAAAUUGAACAUCCCGCGGUGUUGUGUAACAACAGUAGAUGAUCCAGAGGAAGAUGACAUGUGGGGUUAUCCAAUCCAAAUUAACUUCACAGCAUUUUCAGAACAGGUAUCGGAGAGCUUAUCAUGGAAUUGGCACCCUCUGGAUGACCAUGAGCUUCCUUUGGCAGUGUUUGAUGUUGAUGCAGAUGCUGAGGAAGCCUACAUGGACAUUCUGUUGGACGAACAACGACCAGUAUCUGCCUGAGUAAAAUAUGACCAAAAUAUAGCAUCUAAAAAUACUGAAACAGCAUAUAGGAUCAACUGACUCUUGAUAACUUUGAUUGUGAUAGAAUGAUAAUGUUGGGGGAAAUGAUAUGUUAGAUUGGCCUUAACUUAGACUUAAGAUACAUACGAACUUGCAUGUCCAUUUCUG